ACAGUAAGUUGCGAGCCGGCGUUGUGAAUGCACGUGUUUUCGCUUAACUCACCUGGGCGAAUCCCAAAGACCAAAGCAAACCAUUAAACUCACAUAAAACAAUACAAUUUAUAAAAACGAAAACACUGUGUUGUGCAUCAAUCAAUAUAGUAAUAUAUUGAAUUACAUCCAUACAAAACAGAAACAAAAUUUUUUUUGAGUAAUAUUUUUUACAAGUGCGCUGAAUAACACAAAUAAAUCAAGAACCCAACAAGUGUUUGAAAACCCAAAAAAUAAAUUGGGAAAAACAAAAAUUUCUCAUAACCGAAUAUUUUUUUUUUUUGAAAACUUGGGGGAAAAAUCAACACUUUUUUCGACAAGUCACCGAAAACUUAAAAAAAAAUUGAUUUUUCAAAAAAAGAACCAAGACUCGACACUGCCGAAAAGGCAAUAUUUUUCAAGUACAUUUUUUCGAAGUGUUUUGACAAAACAAAGCAAAAUUCUCGAACCAAAGAACAAAAUCACGAAAGGACACCCCAAAACAAUCCCUCAAUUAUAAUUGACUUGACUUUGACUUGCAAAGCCGAAGAACUUUCAAAAGACAUGAAGAGGGCAAAACAGAAGUUAACUUGAGCUCGGCUCAUGACCAAAUCAAAACUGAAAUCAAGCAAUUUUUUUUUUUUCAACACAGUGGACGAGCGGCGAACAAACAUACACACACAAUUGGAUUAGUGUUUUGUUUAUUUCGGACCCACUGUAACUGUCCCUCGUCCACCUGAAAAUACGAAGAAAUUCGUCGCCUCCUUGAAUUCGUCGCGUGUCGCCGUCGCGUUUCGUUAAAUCGCUUAUCGUUCAUCGCAAAUCAACCGAUAAUCCAUCAUGCCGAAGAUUUUCCUGAUCAAAAAUCGCCUGCAUCAGCAGCAACAGCGCUUGCUUGAAUCGCAAAACUUGCUGCAGCACAAGAAUCAGGAUGAUGAGCGCUUGGUGCCGCCCCUCAGUCCAAGUGGGAGUGGUAGCGGCCCCUCGCCAACGCCCACAUCCCAACCACCACCGGAACCGCAAGGUCAGGGGCAACAGGUGCUCGGACAGGUGCCCGAUUCAGAUCAACAGCCACUGAGCCUCACGCGCAAACGAUUCCACCAUCGUCGUCACUACUUCGGACAAUCGCGCCACAGUCUCGAUCAUCUCAAUCAAAAUCAGAGCCCGAAUCCAAAUGCAAAUGCAAAUCCCAAUCAAAUACAAAAUCCUGCGGAAUUGGAAGUCGAAUGCGCCACUGGCCAAGUUCAAAAUGAAAACUUUGCCGCCGAGUUGCUGCAGCGUUUGACACCAAACACUGCCACCACUGCACAAAAUAAUAUUGUUAACAAUUUGGUUAAUAAUAGCAGAGCCGCCACCUCCGUUUUAGCCACUAAAGACUGUACAAUUGAAAAUUCCCCAAUUAGCAUACCAAAAAAUCAGCGAGCAGAGGACGAGGAGGAGCAAGAAGACCAGGAAAAAGAGAAGCCCGCAGAGCGGGAGAGAGAGAAGUCCGAUGAGAGGACAGAACAGGUAGAAAAGGAGGAGCGGGUGGAGCGCGAAGAGGAGGAGGACGACGAGGUGGAUGUCGGCGUAGAGGCGCCACGCCCACGAUUCUAUAAUACCGGCGUGGUCUUAACCCAGGCCCAACGCAAGGAGUAUCCCCAAGAGCCCAAGGACUUAUCCCUAACCAUCGCCAAAUCCUCGCCAGCUUCACCGCAUAUCCACAGUGACUCCGAAUCCGAUUCGGACUCUGAUGGGGGCUGCAAGCUAAUUGUGGACGAGAAGCCACCAUUGCCGGUGAUCAAACCAUUGUCCCUGCGCUUGCGCAGCACACCGCCACCGGCGGAUCAACGACCAAGUCCGCCGCCUCCGCGAGAUCCCGCGCCCGCUGUCCGCUGCUCGGUGAUCCAACGGGCGCCGCAAUCCCAAUUGCCCACCAGCCGGGCUGGCUUCCUAUUGCCCCCCUUGGAUCAGCUAGGACCCGAGCAGCAGGAGCCCAUCGAUUAUCACGUGCCGAAGCGAAGGAGCCCCUCUUAUGACUCCGAUGAGGAGCUGAACGCCAGGCGCCUGGAACGAGCGCGGCAGGUGCGCGAGGCAAGACGACGCAGCACCAUUUUGGCCGCACGAGUUCUGCUCGCCCAGUCCCAAAGGCUUAAUCCGCGCUUGGUGCGAUCCUUGCCCGGUAUUUUGGCUGCGGCAGCCGGACACGGACGGAAUAGCAGCAGUUCCAGCGGUGCCGCCGGGCAGGGCUUUCAAUCGUCCGGUUUUGGCAGCCAAAACAGCGGCAGCGGCUCGUCCAGUGGCAAUCAGAACGCCGGCAGCGGCGCUGGUUCACCUGGAUCUGGUGCCGGUGGCGGUGGUGGUAUGGGCGGUGGUCGCGACGGCCGAGGGAACUACGGACCCAAUUCACCGCCAACGGGAGCAUUGCCUCCGUUUUAUGAGAGCCUCAAGAGCGGCCAACAGAGCACGGCCAGCAACAAUACGGGCCAAAGUCCCGGCGCUAAUCAUUCGCAUUUCAACGCAAAUCCAGCGAAUUUUCUGCAAAACGCAGCAGCGGCUGCGUACAUCAUGUCGGCAGGUUCCGGUGGAGGAGGCUGCACCGGAAACGGAGGUGGUGGAGCAUCGGGGCCAGGAGGUGGCCCAUCGGCAAAUAGUGGUGGUGGUGGUGGUGGUGGCGGCGGCAAUGGGUACAUCAACUGUGGUGGUGUUGGUGGUCCAAACAAUAGUCUCGACGGUAAUAAUCUAUUGAACUUCGCCAGUGUUUCUAACUAUAACGAAUCCAAUUCCAAAUUCCAUAAUCAUCAUCAUCAUCAUCAACACAACAACAACAACAACAACAAUGGUGGUCAAACAUCUAUGAUGGGUCAUCCCUUUUACGGCGGUAAUCCCUCAGCCUACGGCAUAAUACUCAAGGAUGAACCGGACAUUGAGUACGACGAGGCCAAGAUCGAUAUUGGCACCUUUGCGCAGAACAUUAUCCAGGCAACGAUGGGCAGCUCCGGUCAGUUCAAUGCCAGCGCCUAUGAGGAUGCUAUAAUGUCGGACCUGGCCAGUUCGGGUCAGUGUCCCAAUGGAGCCGUCGAUCCGCUUCAGUUCACAGCCACUCUGAUGCUGAGUUCGCAGACCGAUCAUUUACUGGAGCAGCUGUCCGAUGCCGUGGACUUGAGUUCAUUCCUGCAAAGGAGCUGCGUGGACGACGAGGAGUCCACCAGUCCGCGGCAGGAUUUCGAGCUGGUGUCCACGCCCUCGCUAACGCCGGAUUCAGUGACGCCGGUGGAGCAGCACAAUACCAAUACAACCCAGCUGGAUGUCCUGCACGAGAAUCUGUUGACGCAGCUGACCCACAAUAUAGUCCGGGGCGGCAGCAAUCAGCAGCAGCAGCACCAUCAACAGCAUGGUGUGCAGCAGCAACAGCAGCAGCAGCAUAGUGUGCAGCAGCAACAGCAGCACAAUGUGCAACAGCAGCAUGGCGUGCAGCAGCAACAUGUCCAGCAGCAACCACCGCCCUCGUAUCAGCAUGCCACGCGUGGCCUGAUGAUGCAACAGCAGCCGCAGCACGGCGGCUAUCAGCAGCAAGCUGCCAUCAUGUCGCAACAGCAGCAGCAAUUGCUCAGCCAGCAGCAGCAGCAGUCGCACCACCAGCAGCAGCAGCAGCAGCAACAUGCCGCUGCCUACCAGCAGCACAACAUCUAUGCACAGCAGCAACAGCAGCAGCAGCAGCAGCAUCAUCAACAGCAGCAACAGCAGCAACAUCAUCACUUCCACCACCAGCAACAACAGCAGCCACAGCCACAGUCGCAUCAUUCGCACCAUCAUGGCCAUGGUCAUGACAACAGCAACAUGUCGCUUCCCUCGCCAACUGCGGCUGCAGCGGCGGCGGCCGCUGCUGCUGCUGCUGCGGCAGCCGCAGCCGCUCAUCUGCAGCGUCCGAUGAGCAGCAGCAGCAGCUCCGGCGGCACCAAUAGCAGCAACAGUAGCGGUGGCAGCAGCAACAGUCCGCUCCUAGAUGCAAACGCUGCUGCGGCAGCUGCAGCUGCUUUGUUGGACACAAAGCCACUCAUCCAAAGCUUGGGCUUGCCGCCGGAUCUGCAGCUUGAGUUUGUGAACGGCGGCCAUGGCAUUAAGAACCCGCUGGCCGUGGAGAAUGCCCACGGUGGCCAUCACCGAAUUCGCAACAUCGAUUGCAUUGAUGAUCUCAGCAAGCAUGGCCACCACUCGCAGCACCAACAGCAGCAGGGCUCGCCGCAGCAGCAAAAUAUGCAACAAUCGGUGCAACAGCAGUCGGUGCAACAGCAGCAAUCCCUGCAGCAGCAACAGCAGCAGCAGCACCAUCAGCACCACAGUAACAGCAGUGCAAGCAGCAAUGCCAGCAGUCAUGGAUCCGCCGAAGCCCUUUGCAUGGGCUCAUCCGGCGGAGCCAAUGAGGAUUCGUCGUCGGGCAACAAUAAGUUCGUCUGCCGCGUCUGCAUGAAGACAUUCUCGCUGCAGCGCCUGCUCAAUCGGCACAUGAAGUGUCACUCGGACAUCAAGCGGUAUCUGUGCACGUUCUGCGGCAAGGGAUUCAACGACACCUUCGACCUCAAGCGCCACACGCGCACCCACACGGGCGUCCGGCCGUACAAGUGCAAUCUCUGCGAGAAGAGCUUCACGCAGCGCUGUUCCCUCGAGUCGCACUGCCAGAAGGUGCAUAGCGUUCAGCACCAGUAUGCCUACAAGGAGCGCAGAGCCAAGAUGUACGUGUGCGAGGAGUGCGGACACACCACCUGCGAGCCGGAGGUCCACUAUCUGCACCUGAAGAACAACCAUCCGUUCUCGCCGGCGCUGCUUAAGUUCUACGACAAGCGGCACUUUAAGUUCACCAACUCGCAGUUCGCCAACAAUCUGCUCGGCCAGCUGCCCAUGCCAGUCCACAAUUAGUUGAUGGAUUUUAGUUAUAUAGAAUAGGAACCAUUCGAUCGAUUCGAAUCAUUCGAAUAACUCGAAUCACUCGAAUCACUCGAAUCACUUAAGCAAACCAACAUUGUGACUUUGAAGUUUUUUGAAAACUGCCCCCCCCUCCUUUUGCGGAGGAUACGGAAUUAUUGGAGAUUAUGCUUAUUAUGUAUAUUUUUGCGUAGUCCUAAGAAAAUUAGUUACUAGUUACUAGCUGAAUUAGUACCCACUGUAUCAUGCUACCCCACUUCACUUUGCUGUGCAAAUCUCUCUCACUUGAGAAAACUCGAGUUCCCUUUUCUUUAUUGUUAAUCUUGAAUUUUCGUUUAUUUCAAGUAUGGAUCUUUCGAAAAAAAAAACUCGUUGUUAGUCAAAAAGAAAGGUAUCGUUAGGACGUAAGAAAUGUUUGAAAAUGCUUUGAGCAACACUCACACAAAUUAUGAAUGAUCGCGUAUACAUAUAUUAGAAGAAAAUAUAUAUUAAAUAUUUAGCUUUAAGAUGUUAAGAGCUACCAACCGAACAAGCUGCAAACGUUGGCAUUUAUUUGUCUUCAACAAAACAGAACACAAAUCAAAAAACAAAAACUUCGAAAAAAAAGAAAAAAAAAAACAGAACGCGUAGAGCAAUGAGCGCGGUUCGGAUAACAUAUGUUAUAUACAUACACACCACCAACCAUACGCAUUAAUAUAUUUAUUACUUAAUCACAAAACCACAUUGCAAAGAGGCAAAUCAUUCGAAUAAACUAGGCUAGGAUCCUUAAAAUAAACUAAAGCUGUUCAUAAAUGAAGUCAAAGCCCAACAAAAAAUCCAACGUGUUUUGGAAAAUCGAAUCGCGAGAAUAUGAUCUACUGAAUAUAUAGUUUGCAAUAAUCUUAGCUUUUAGGCAAUACCACCAAUUGUACUGAUCUUUAAUGAACAAACAAAAUACUAAACACAACAUAAACAUAAACAUAACAUAAAUAACAUUAUGUAUCUGAUGGUAUAAUUUCUAAGACCUAGGUGUAAUGAACUUUGAAUUUGGAUUCGAAUUUGAGUUUGAAUUUGUUUACGAUUGCAGGGAAACUACGAUUUCCAAUUCGUAACAUUAAACUGCAUUAUUAUUUCUGUUUUAGCAUAGCGCUUUUUUUUUUCUUUUAAUUUGUUGUAAGCAACAACGGGUUUUUUGUGCAAUCGCUUGGUGUUGGUUAAAUGGAAAAUAAGGAUGAAAUGACAUGACAAAUCUAAUUUAAGCAUCGUACUUUAAGGUUUAUGCGGGGGCUGUCCAUUGUGGCGCCACGCCCACCGCCCGCUGUGCAGCCCCCGUGGAAAAUGGAGGAGACGUCGAAUGAACGAGGGAGCAAAUCGAAGCUUGGCAAUGAACGAGUCCUUGUUUCCAUAUCCUCCCUCAACUAACUUAGUUCUUAACUAGAAAACUUUCACUCACACACAUAACUACACACAUAUAUAAAUAUCAGUUCUGCACACAAAAACACACACACACACACACAACGCACACCUUAAUAUAUGUACUUAAAUUAAGUUAGUUAGUUUAGGCAAUAUCUUGAACUUGAAAACGGAUGGCAGCAGAAAAUUUGAUCAAUGAAAAUCUGAGACUUCCAUGAAAAAUUCCAAAUUUUUUUUCAUUAUCAUAUUUAUCGAAUUUUGUGCGGAAAUGAACGAGGAAUUACAAAUUAUUACAAAUAUAUUAAAUAUAUAACGAAAAUUGAACGGAAGGCAAAAAAGCUUAGUUUAUAAAAUGAUACAGUUUUUUUUUUUUAAUCUAUCCAUUACGUAUACUAUAUAUAAAGAUUAUGAGAAGCGAAUUAAUUAAUAAAUAAUACAUAUGACAAAAAUC